AUGGAUUUUACCCAGGAAGAAAGCCUCGCAGCUGGUCUGCUCACAGCGUUGUUCUCCGCCAGCCCUUCGCCGACUCUCUCACAACAUGUCCUCGCCUCAUCGCCGCAGCCGACUCCUACGCCGACGUCAGCUCCCGGAAAUAACGGUGACGGUGGAGGAGGGUCUAUGAAGGAGUGGUCUUCGUUGAUCGGAAUUGUCACCGCAUUGGCUGGAAAUGUGCUGAUCUCCUUGGCCCUCAAUAUCCAGCGGUACGCCCACAUCCGGAUCGCCAGGGAGCUGGAACAGGAUAAGUUGCAGCAAGAAUUGGACUGGAAACGCGCCAAUCCAGACCAGGCGACCACCGGGCCUUACGGGGCGGUCUCUGGACCUUACGGCGAUGAUGCACAGCGCGACAGGAGUCACGACCGAAAAUCCGCUCGCUAUCGGGAUGAAUCACCCUACCAUGACCAGCCGCAUGUGGACACCGGAGACGAGGAGCAUGCGGACGAUCACUCCGACUCGCACGACCGAAUGCGGGACUCCUUCCUGUCCGAUCAGACGGCGCGUCCGGGCGAUAGUCUGCGCCGCAAGUCUUACCUUCGCUCGCCGUACUGGUGGGUCGGUAUUGUUCUCAUGUGUCUUGGGGAGACGGGGAACUUCUUGGCCUAUGGAUUUGCUCCCGCAUCUAUUGUGUCGCCGCUCGGGGUAGUUGCGUUGAUCUCGAACUGUGUGAUCGCCCCUUUCAUGUUGAAGGAGAAGUUUCGGACUCGGGAUUUCUGGGGCGUGCUCAUUGCGAUUGCAGGGGCCGUCGUGGUAGUCCUCAGUGCCAAAUCGUCCGAGGAGAAAAUUGGACCCCAUGACAUCUGGGUGAUGAUCACCCGCUGGGAGUUCGAGCUGUACCUGGGACUUACGGCGGCGCUGAUUGUCGGCCUGAUGUGGGCUAGUAGCAAGUAUGGUCCACGGACUAUCUUGAUAGAUGUUGGAUUGGUCGCAUUGUUUGGCGGUUACACUGCUUUAUCCACAAAAGGCGUCUCGUCUCUAUUGUCAUUUACAUUGUGGCAUGUCAUCACGUUUCCUGUCACUUACCUCCUGGUAUUUGUCCUUGUUUUUAGCGCCCUCAUGCAGAUCCGCUACAUCAACCGCGCCUUGCAGCGGUUCGAUUCGACCCAAGUCAUCCCGACACAGUUUGUCCUGUUCACUCUAUCCGUCAUCAUCGGCAGUGCCGUGCUGUACCGAGACUUCCAAUCUUUCACACCCGUGCGGGCCGUCAAAUUCGUCGGUGGCUGCCUGCUCACGUUCCUGGGUGUGUAUUUCAUCACCAGUGGGAGGGUCCAAAGCGACGACGAGUCUGCUUUCUCAGUCGAUGAUGAAGAGGAGGCCAUUGGUCUUCUGGGGAGAUCUCGAUACCCUGACAGGGUUGACAUGUCACCCCCGGCCCCAGUUAUAAGAGCCCAGAAGUCCAGACAGAAGUCUCCAGGCCCCCGUGACGAUGAGUUGCGCUCCCCUGCAGGGUCUCUACUCAGCCAUGGUAUCGAAGACAUCGACGAGGGGGAUCGUACGCCCAAGGGUGUCCUUUCCGCCGCACCCUCUUCGCCUAUCAGCUCCUUGAGUGCCGAGUCUGAACCAUCCUCUGCCGGACCUUCUUCACCUCCACUCCCAUCGAACUCUUUGUUGAGAAACCCCUGGGCCGAGCCACAUGCAGACUCCGUGCCAACGCCCAAGUCUGAACCCCAAAUACGCCCCGCCACCCCUCCGCCACAACCAGCCAGCCCAACGAUGCUUCUCCGGUUUCCAGCCGCGCCAGGCUCUGAAGACCACCACCACCACCCGCAAGCUCUAACUCCCGGCGGCGCCGAGAACGCGCAGUCCAACUCCCGACACAACACAGUGCCACAGACGCCUCCGUCGCGUAGACUGCGCAACUCGAUCUCUUCCCGCUUCUCUCCCGGCCCUCUGCUACCGACCAUCUCGGCCGGUUUCAGCGCCGUCGUCGCCGAGUCCCUGCGCCGUGGAGAAACCAGCCCCCUCAAGGAACGGAAGCAUGCAAAGCGAGCCUCCAGAGGCAAACGGCUCAGCACAACCUUUAUCGAUGGCUUCCUCCGCCAACGGGACGGCGAACCACGCGAAUCCGGCUACGAAACUGACGGUGGCGCCGAUGAGACACGACUCGGUCUCCCCGCCGCUCGGCUUCGCUCAACCGGCGACCUUCCCAUAGAUCCGGUGGCUGCGGAUCGCUCCGCGCCUGCCGUCGAUACGACGGGUGAGACUCAGCAUUCCCAUGUGGAUGAUCUCUCUUCUCUAAACCGCCUGCGGAGUCUAAGCGACUCGUGGAGCGGGGGCGUGGCCUGGCUUGGGGCUGCACUUCGCAAGUCGGGCAGUGAGAACCAGGCUGCCACGCAUGAGACUGCUGUUGAAUCGCGCGGUAGUGAAGCGGGUGAUGGGGAUGCGCGGGUGUGA